CUGGUGUUCUGGCCUAACCAUUAUACCGGCAUCUGAUUGGUGAAGCCGGUAAAGAAGGUGGGGAUAACAAGGGUGUAAGCCUUGCCUGAGAGGAUAGACUCUGGUCAACUAAACAGCGUAAACCACGACGUCACUUGACUCGGUCAGUUUCACUUAUCUGCCAUUUUGUAUCUCGGCAGCCAGACGAAGUUUUAUCGAUAACGAAGAAGGAAGGAAUGCAAACGUCCACCUCACUUGUUAAUCUGCGCCUUUAACCAAAUAACGUUGUAUUCAAGUUUGCCUUGUUUGGCUCGACGUCAGUGGCAGUCGGCUGACUGCGCUCCUAAACAGUUGGUUCUCUUGUCAGAGUCCAUUUUGUUUACCUUUUUGUGGCUUUAGCAGGAGAGCUAACAACGUUAGCCAGCUAGCUUAGCUAGCGAACAGCCGUUAGCUCCUAACCGUCUGGCGAAAUGGCGGCCAACACGACACAAGCGGCCCCGACAACCAACUGGUCCUAUGGGGUUCCUGGAGAUGGCCAGAUUCACGAAAACCCAGAAUGGGAGAAGGCAAGACAAGCACUUGCGUCUAUUAACAAGAGUCAGAGCUCUGCUAAGACGGCACAAGCUAACCGGACAGCCACAGCAGAGGCUGGUCAGUUUCAGCCAGCAGUGACUGACUCUGCUGCCAUUCAGCAGCAACAACAACCACAGCAGCAGCAACCACCACAACAACAACAGCAGUACUAUCCAUGGUACCAACAAACCCAGCAACAUUACCCUGGAUAUACGUACCCCUAUAAUUACUACUACCCCAGUCCAUAUGGAGCGGCAUAUCCAUCAAAUCAGUAUGGUGUACCCCAAGGGCCUUACCCGGGAACUCCCACCUCUAAUGGACAGCCUCCUCCGGUGCCUGGAAUGGAAGACCAGUCAUCUGGCUACCAGUCUCAAUCACAACCUCCCCCUGCUACGCCCCAGCCACCCCAGAGCCCAACCUCCUCAGAGAAACCCAUUCCUCCCCAACCCCCAUCAAUUCCUCCCCAACCCAACUCCCAGUACCCCUCUUCUCCAUCACAAAAUGGUUACAAUGCAAAUAACUCCAUGCAAUACCCUCCCAGUGACCCCAACCAAAUGCAAGUGUACAAUCAUUCCCAGGGAAGACCCAACUAUGGACAGGGCUUCCAGGCCCAGAAUACCUAUCAGCCCUCUCAGAAUACCUCACAGCAGCCAGGCCAGUAUGUACCAGGGCUUGGCAGAGGAGAGGCCAACAAAAACAAAAAUCAAAAACAAGGACAGCAACUGUGGCACCGCAUGAAACAGGCCCCUGGGUCACCUUCAGUAAAGUUCAAUAUUCACAAGAGGCCCUAUCAGGUUCAGUGUUCUCCAAUGUCCAAUCAGACUUUCCCACCAGGCGAGCAGCCCUCAGUGUUGAAUUCAGAUCCCUCCUCCCCGUCUUCCUCCAGUUCUGCACCCGGAGGUGCUCAGACACGACCCCAGGACUGGCCCCAAGCCAUGAAGGAAUAUGUGCAGCGCUGUUUUACAGCCUGUGAGACAGAGGAAGACAAAGAUCGUACAGAGAAGGUGCUGAAGGAAGUUCUGCAGGACCGGCUGAAGGAUGGCUCUGCUUACACUAUUGAUUGGACUCGGGAGCCAUUGCCAGAACUAAAGGUCAAGCAGUCUCGUUGGGAAACUCUUCAUGCCCAGAGGACAUCAGAUGGCUCACUGAGCCAUGGUGGAAGUCCAGUAGCUGCGUCUUCAAGAGGCAGGGGUGGUGGACACAGAUUGGGCCACUACAGGAAUAUAUUUUCUCAGAGGAGUCCAUCUUCUAGUUCCUCCCGCUCCUCCUCCCGCUCCCCAUCCCCAUCCCACGGCCGACAUAGGGACCGCAGCAACCAAAGGCACAAACGCAGUGAUUCUGGCUCACAGUCAGACAGCAGCAUCUCCAGUGACCUCCGACCACAGCUGUCACGUCGAAGUCAGAGAGGUGCACGUGGUCGUGGUAAUGACCGGGAUAGAGGCCGUGGGGAGAGAGGACGGGGAAGAGGAGGAAAAGCAAACAGAGGAAGGAGAAACAUGGACGAUUCCAAUGCAGCUGGUGGAAAGAAGAGGAAAGGUGGCAAUGCUGGUCUGGAUUUCCAUGACCCCAACAGAGAAGCCAAGAAGCAGAGCAGAGCAGCUCGUUUCCACAAGCAGCUUCGUUCAGAGCCCCUGGUUCUCUCCAUCAAUUCCCUAGACUUGCCUGAUGGGACACAGGAGGGCCUCAGCUGGGAGGACUGUCCCAUUGUGGGAACAUGUCAGGACAUCACCAAGUCCUAUCUGAGGCUCACCUGUGCCCCAGACCCCUCCACUGUGCGCCCGGUGCAUGUCCUGAGAAAAUCUCUGCCGACUGUGAAAGUUCACUGGAAAACCCACCAGGACUACACCUAUGCCUGUGAACAGAUGAAGUCCAUACGACAGGAUCUCACAGUCCAAGGAGUUCGUACUGAGUUCACAGUGGAAGUGUACGAGUGUCACGCACGCAUUGCUCUGGAAAAGGGAGACCAUGCCGAGUUCAACCAGUGCCAGACCCAGCUGAAGGCCCUGUAUAAGGACAAUCCCUCAGAAAACAUUGGAGAGUUUACAGCAUAUAGAUUGAUAUAUUACAUCUUUACUAAAAACUCUGGAGAUCUGACCACUGAGUUGGUUUACUUGACCCCUGCUCUGAGGGCAGAUGUGUGUGUGGCUCAUGCUCUUGCGCUCCGUGCUGCGUGGGCAUUAGGAAACUAUCGCCGUUUCUUUAAGCUGUACAAGGAAGCCCCACGUAUGGCUUCAUACCUAAUUGACAAGUUUGUAGAGAGGGAAAGAAUGGUUGCACUUCAAGCCAUAGUCAAAACGUUCAGGCCAGACUUGCCGGUGGAUUAUGUGCAGUCCAAUCUGGGCUUCUCUUGUUUAGACUCCUGUAUGGCCUUUCUUACUGGGCUAGGUGUCACCUUCUACCCUUGUGACCCCCAUAAGAUAGACUGCAAAGCCAGCACAGCCGCUUUGGCUGCUUCCUGAGGGGGUGGGGGGUUAGCACCAUGAAAGGAGACGCUAAGGGAUCAUCAUGGAUACCUAUUCAAUGUACUGCACUUCAGACACCUCUGCCUAUUCAGAUAGGGUAGUUGGAAAACUAACAACUGUAGAAGACCCAUAUAGAAAGAUACGAGAAGAUAGGAAGAAUACUCCGCUGCAAGUUUCAGAUUUCAGAUGACACUUAGAUAAGAGCUGUUAAAGUCUGCACACACUGUCACUCAACUUUUGUAGGUUAGCCUAUUGCCCAAGUUAUCUCACGACAUUGAUAAGGCCAGAAAAUUGAGUGAACAGUUUAGAUUUGGGAUUAACAUGUUUCCGCAUUUAGAGGCUCAGAAGUCACAGAACCAGAUCAGGGAGGCACCCUCAUGGUUCCUGUUCCGUAACCACCAUCAGAUGUCAAAGCUAACAGUUUUCUGUUAUGUUUUUUCCUUCCUCAAGUCAACAGCUCCAAGACCUGAAGAUUCAAGCCUUGUCAAUCAAAAGGGAAAUACAAACCGCUGUUCAAGUAAUUUAUCCAGCUCUCCUGUUUGUCAACAAGCCUUCAGGUCAACUACAUAUUCCUAUUAGAGACUGUGAGACAACAUGGUGAGAAGAUGCCUGCAGUUUGCCUAAAAGAAGAAGAAGAGGUGGUGGUUUGUAUAUCCUAUCCUGCACCUGGUUUCCUCAAGGUAUCUACAGUUAGCUGUGCAUCCACUUCCUUGUCCGAAAUCAAAUGGCCGGUGUAAUGGAGCAAUGGACUGAAGUCUUAGGUCUGGUUCCGGAUUUAAAGAAGUGGUAUCCAUUUGCUGGUCAGUCAUUAAAUGGUUGGCCAUUUUUUGGGGAAAGUCUCAAAUCAGAUGAGCAUUGACUUUUUGUAUGAAAGGAUAUAGGGAAGUGUUCUUCAUCAAGAUCGCCUCACCCCUCCGUACCGUCGAAGCUGAGCUCCAUCUCCAAAAUCAAAGCGGUCAGAGAAGGAAUCCGCUUCAUCGUCCUCUGGCACACGUCCUGGCAGCACCUGGAAUCCAGCAGACCCGAUCAACACGGCUCAGGGAUGAAGCUCAUCUAUAAUCUGUGUUGGCCGUCUUAACUUCAUCAGCUGUUUAUCCAAAGAAACAGUGUCAGCUAAGCUGCCAUCUUUAAAUACAGCUCACGGUGAAGUCUGAGUGUUGGCGCGUCGGUGGGAAACCGGCUGCUGCAAGAAGGAAUACCAAUGAGUGGUUUGUAUGCUCCAUCUGGCUGGUAAGCGAAAGGGACUUCUCUGGAAGGAGGUGGAUGAACAGAGACGCUGCCUCACGUCUCCAGUUGAUGUUUACGUCUUGUGUUUUUGGACAGCAGUAUUGGCUAGUAAAAUAAUUAGUGAGCUGCAAAGCAGGUUUUUAUGUAAAUCUACAGGUUGAUAUUAUACAGGUGAAUUAAGUAGAAAUAAAUAAAAAAAUAUGCUAAAAAUGGCAUCAAUAAGAUGUGGAAAUGUACUGCACAUGUACUUGUGCUGUCUCAAUGUCAUAAGUAUUUUAUAUUGAUUUAGACAGUACUGUAAUAAACAGGGAGGUCAAUGUUGAGUGAAGACUAGUUCUUUUAUGUCCGUUUCUCAGUUAUAGAAUGUUCUAAAGCGAUUAAGUGCAAAACAGAGUUCGUCGUUUCUGAAGAGGUUUUGGCAAUUUAUCUUCGAAGGAUUUGUGCUUUUCAGGACUUAAAAUACGAUUGGUAGUGGUGCACACUAUUUUAGGUGAUUGGUCAAAUAUUUAUGGCAAUACUUGAAUUGGUAAUUAUUACGGCUCGAAAAUAUAAAACAAACCUUUUCACACUGACACAAUUUUUUUCUGCUUUCCACCAUAAUCUCUAAUUUGGGUCAUUUAUGAUGUUUGUGCUGAAAUUGAAAACAAGUUGAUAUCAUUCCUUGUAAUUUGAGUUAAAAAAAAUAUAUAAACAGUAUUAAUUACUACUAAUUAGAAAUAUUGAGUUAUUUAAGACUGGUGUAAUUGAGCUUAACAUAAAUGUGAGUGCAUGUUUACUUGUAAAUAUUGUAUGAUACUGCUGUGAUUUCCUUUCAAUUAGUGCAUAAGGCAGGUUUUUUUUGUUGACACACGGGUAAGUGUGUUUUUUUUCUUUCUGGGUUUUGCAAAACUCUUUAAACCAUUUAUGUAAAAAGUAAACUUCAAUGCAGAUGGGUGUGGAUGAGGGUUUGUGCCAUGUCUUCAGAGUGGAUGUCGUGGUGGAGUUCAUAACUGCUCGUUUCUACUACAGCCUGGAAAUAUUUACAUAAGCUCCUAAAUCGGAGUGUGGUGGGAUAUUAUGCUCAAUUUCCAGUGAUAUAACAAAUAUGGUUAUGUAAUGUCCCUUCAGACAAAAAGUGUUGGCAGAUUGUCACUUGCAAAGUUGAUAUAUUUACUCUGACAAAUGGAAGCACCAUUUCCAAACACGUAAUUUUAACGCCUUCCACAAAGUGAUAGGUUUAAGUCAGAUUGACAAAAUACUGUUAAUCUGUUGGUAAAACUGUUCCAUUGUUGACUUAUUUCACAAACAUUUUGUAAUGACAACGAUCUCAACAUGUUUUCUUUCUUUCCCCUUCAUUUACCUGAUCCCCUGUCCUCUUUGCUCCUCCUCCUCCCCCCUCAGUCCCAAAACCUUUCUCUCACACGUCACCAGACCUCAUUCUUCAGCUCGUAGCUCUGCUGCUCUGCAGGAGCACAAGGAGCACAUGGAGUGAUGAUAAGUGGGCGAAGAACCACCUCCAGACGCCAGCCGGAGAGAGUGAAUUGUGAGCAAUCAAGUCUUGGUUUGACCCACUCGAGUUGAAGCCUCACAGCUGAUGAAAUACAUGGGAGCCUUAUUCAAUGAAAAUAUUGAUGUUGUUGCUAACUUAAUUUGCUGCUAACCCAAAUAAUUGAAAUGUUUUUCUGUGUUUUGGAUUCAAUGUUUGAGGGUUGAUAGUCUUGUAUUGCCAUUUUCUGUUUGUUCAGAUGCAUUUAUACAUUUUAAGUGUUUUUUUUUUUUUUCUCGUCGUAUUUAUUAAUAUUUUGGCGGACAGAACAGCUUGAGUUUGUUAGAAUUGCAGUAGACCCUAUAUUUGACCUAAUAUACCCUAUAUUUGCGUAAUCCCUCAUCUAAAAAAAUGUGUCUGGACAUACAGAAUAUGUUGUUAUCCUCAAACCUCACCGACAUUUAGUAUAAUUUAAAAUACAUCUUUAGUAUACAGUCGUCUUUAGCCAAAGUUUCUUAUUUGACACGUGCUGGUGCGUGCUCCCAUGCUAAGAAAUGACCUUUUGGUUUCUUCUCAUGUGAAUGAGCUCUAUGGUUGUUUGUUGCCUUUGGUUUGCAUCAUUUAAAGAUGUGUAUACACAUGGUUAAAGUGUGCACAUCUGAGGUCUCAGGUUUUCAGCAUUGAUGCAGCCCAGGAUGUUCGCGUUGUUUUUUUUGUUUCGUUUUUUUUACUAGAAAUUUCACCCCAGACAACUAACAAUACACAAUACUCAUUUUGGAUGUUUGGUUUUUCCUCUCUGAUGCCCGAGUCAUAUUUUCAGUAUUUUUUGCUCCCAUGUGACUGUAUACCUCCCAUCAGUCUUUGUAACUCCUUCCUUGAUACUUUACUGGUCCAACUCCCCAUGUCCCCUCCCCCCCUCACCUCUGCUGUGUUCAUUUCCUAUCAUUUGAAUUUCUCUGUUCUCACUGUCUCUUGUUUACCCUCCCUGCAUGCUGUCCUCUCCUGCGCUUUAUGAAUCUCUAACCAGUAUUUGUUCUCUUUUCCUUUAUGUUGAGUGUGUUCGUGGCUGUUUGCCGUGUGCAAUUAGUCACUAGUAAGUAUUAUAGGACGUCUGAAAUGCUUGAGUAGUUUGUUGUGGCUCACUAACAACUGAAGCUGAAGAGUUUAUCUGCAAUGCCUCCUCCCUAUCUACAGAUCUGACCUGAUAAUCUGCCAUUUUGUAAAUAUUGUGUAUAUAUAUAUAUAUAUAUAUUUUUGAAAAUAAUCUAAUAAACUUCAAGUUCAAAGGGCA